AUGUCGCCGGCGACGACAGUAGCAUACACAGAGAGGUUUCUGCACGAAAAUGACGCCGAAUCAAUACCGGCAAGGGAUAACAAGGACACCACCGGUGACAUCUUGGCCCUCUUCAAAGGCUUAGAUCUCCAGGGCAGCAUAGAGCACGGCUCCGCCAGUAGAGACUUCGGCGGCAUGCAUUCAUCGGAGCCAUUGGCCAUAAUCAAACCGACCAGCAGCGACGAUAUAUCCAAGGUUAUAAAGUUAGCUAAACGGACACCCCACCUGACUGUAGCAGCCAGAGGCAACGACCAUUCCAUCAACGGCCAAGCCAUGGCGGAAAAAGGCAUAAUCAUCGACAUGAAAUCAAUGGACGCCGCUAGGAUCGAGGUGUCGCCGUCCGGUUCAUACGUAGAUGUCGGCGGCGGCGCUUUGUGGGAGGAGGUUUUGAAAAGCUGCGUUUUGAGCCACGGACUCUCUCCUCGGUCGUGGACGGAUUACCUUGGGUUGACCGUUGGCGGCACGCUGUCUAACGCCGGCGUCAGUGGCCAGGCGUUCAUAUACGGCCCACAAACGGAAAAUGUAACGGAGUUGGAGGUGGUCACCGGCAAUGGCGAAAUCAUUUUCUGCUCACAUAAUGAAAAUUCAGAAGUUUUCUUUAGUGUUCUUGGUGGUCUUGGUCAGUUUGGCAUCAUCACUCGAGCUAGGGUUUUGCUCCAACCAGCUCCUGACAUGGUGAGGUGGAUAAGGGCAGUGUACCAUGAGUUCACUGAGUUUACUCGAGAUAUCGAGCUGCUAGUGACACAUGGUGACUCAUUCGACUAUGUAGAAGGGUUUGUAUUUGUCAACAGUGAUGAUCCGAUCAAUGGGUGGCCAUCGGUGCCAUUAGAUGUGAAUCAACUCGACUCGUCUCAAAUCCCUUCAAUGGCCGGCCCGGUUCUUUACUGUCUUGAGGUGGCUUUGAAUUAUAACAAAAACGAAAGGCUGCCCUCCUCGGUUGACAUGAGAGUGGAGAAAUUGCUUGGACAACUGAGAUUUUGCAAGAAUAUGAAGUUCGAGAAGGACCUCAGCUAUAUGGAUUUUCUGUUACGUGUCAAACAUGCAGAGGAACAAGCCAAGGCUAAUGGUAUAUGGGACGCCCCACAUCCAUGGCUCAACCUAUUUGUCUCCAAAAACGACAUUGCAAAUUUCGAUCGUCUUAUUUUCAAAAAUAUCUUGAAAAAUGGUGUUGGAGGACCCAUGCUAAUCUAUCCUAUAUUGCACUCCAAAUGGGACGACCGAACAUCCGUAGUUUUACCGGAAGGGGAAAUCAUUUAUUUAGUGGCAUUGCUGCGUUUUUGCUUGCCAUAUCCAAAGGGCUUAUCAGCAGAAGAAAUGGUCGCACAAAAUCAUGAAAUUGUUCAAUGUUGCAUGAAAAAUGGCUUCGAUUUCAAGAAGUAUCUUCCUCACUGCAACUCCAAGGAAGAAUGGAAGCAACAUUUUGGAAAUCAGUGGACAAGAUUUCAAGAGAGAAAGGCCUGUUUUGAUCCAAUGGCCAUUCUUGCACCGGGGCAGAAAAUUUUCACAAGAAAUUAG